ACCCUAAAGCUGAAACAGCUUUUGGUUAAACGCAUAUUUUCACGGUCGAAUUAUUACAUGGCAAACGGGAAGCUUUUCGGCUGUCAGAAUAUUAUAUUGAAAGUGUUUGUUAUAUUUUUAGAAGUGAACAAAAUCCGUCGAGCUAAUCGGAGAUCCAGAAUAAUUAUAAGCACUAAGCACUGUGAAAACGAAGGUCAUUUUGCAACAAGCUGGAUUGGCAAUAGGACCGGCGCAAUGCUAAAUUAACGAAGCAUCAAGAGCAGAAACUAUAUUUAAAACGCCCGAAGUGUUUUCUUCCCUCAACGCAAUUAAGCGGAAAAGCGGAAUAUGUGAAUAAUAUUGAUAUAAAGUGCCACUAUAGAGACUGCAGAGUUCAGUUAGGCCGAGCCUGGUAUUGUGCUUUUUCAAAUUAUGCGAAAAACUUGCUUGCUAAGGGACAUUUUUCAAGUGGCAAAUAGCACGGAUUAACCAGAAGUCGGCACGGAAAAGGAGGACAGCACUUUCCAUUUUUACUGCAGAUGCGUCCAUUAUCAGCGGCUUGAGGAGUCGACAUCUCACGCACGCAAUGAUGCUGAUGCAGACAUCGAGGUCCUGGCAACAGGAAUCGGAAGUGGAACAACGAAAACAACAUAAACAACGAUGGCCAGCUGAUGGGGCAAACACAUCGGCGGCUUACGACUAUAACAGCGAUAAUGACGAUGCCAGCCACGGGGUGGUGCAUAAUGAAAACAACGGCAGCCAAAUCUGCCCUACGAAUCUUAGCACUUCCGCCUUCCGACAGCGGCAACCGCACCGCCCACCCACCGGACAGCAGAAUCCCCGGAGACCCCCCCUCUCCGGCUGGACAGUGCUGCUCACCCUGCUCUCGAUUUCUGCCCUGACAUCGUCCGCCAAUAUCUCCACCACCACCGCUGCCACGGACAGUAUGCCCAUCAACGGCACCGAUUACAUACUGCUCCCUGGCGACUCCACCACCAGUCCCCCCGUUCUUGCCGGGACCACCAGUCUCUCCGGGGUCGGAAGUGAUGCGGAUGUCGAGGACGAGGAGGACGCGGAGAAGGCCAGCGAAUAUAUCUUCGAUCGCACCGACGUGCGCAUAAUAUUCAUCACCCUGUACACUUUGGUCUUCUGCUGCUGUUUCUUUGGAAACCUUCUGGUAAUUUUGGUGGUCACAUUAUCGCGUCGAUUGCGCUCAAUCACCAACUUCUUCCUGGCCAACUUGGCGUUCGCAGACUUUUGCGUGGGACUCUUCUGCGUGAUGCAGAACCUGUCCAUCUAUCUCAUAGAGAGUUGGGUCUUUGGCGAGUUCCUGUGCCGGAUGUACCAGUUUGUCCAUUCGCUGAGCUACACGGCCUCGAUUUUCAUCCUGGUUGUCAUCUGCAUGGAGCGCUACUUCGCCAUAGUGCAUCCCAUCACCUGCAAACAGAUCUUAACUGCCGCCCGGCUGAGGAUGGUCAUUGUCACAGUUUGGAUUACAUCGGCAGUAUACUCGACGCCCAAGUUUGUUUUCAGCAAGACCAUUAAGAACAUUCACACCCAGGAUGGUCAGGAGGAGGAAAUCUGCGUCCUGGACCGCGAGAUGUUCAACUCCAAGUUGCUGGACAUGAUUAACUUUGUGCUGCUCUACGUUAUGCCACUGCUGGUCAUGACGGUGCUGUACAGCAAAAUCGCCAUAGCCUUGUGGCGCAGUUCGCGCGGCCUCACGCCGCAUGUGGCGCAGCAUCAGCAUCAACAGCAUCAACAGCCACAGCAGGCAUCCUGUCAGGACAGCGGCAUGGGUAUGCACAACAGCAUGUACCACCACCAGCACCACCACCACCACCAUCAGCACCACCAGCUUCCGUCAGCGGCGUCAGCAGCGUCCUCGGCGGGAUCUGGCCCUCUGGCUGGCUCGUCAUUCGCUUCCGCCGGCGGCACCAGCACUACGUCCUUGUCCCGCAAGCAGAGCAGUAAAUAUGAGAAGCGCGGCGUCAGCAUCACGGAGAGUCAGCUUGAUAAUUGCAAGGUGUCCCUGGAGGCCGAUCGCCCUAUUGUCAGUGCCUGCCGUAAGACGAGCUUCUACCACCACUCCCACGCCCACCACCUGCGGACAGGCACCUCCGCAGGAGGCGUAGGCGGAGGCGGGGUCGGGACCGGGGCCGGAGCCUCCCACAUGUCCCACUCGUCCAGCAAUGUCCUCCGCGCCCGGCGAGGCGUCGUCCGUAUGCUGAUAAUAUUCGUGCUGACAUUCGCCCUCUGUAAUCUGCCGUAUCAUGCCCGCAAAAUGUGGCAGUACUGGUCACGUUCGUAUCGCGGUGAUUCCAAUUUUAAUGCGCUGCUAACGCCGCUCACCUUUCUGGUCACGUACUUCAAUUCGGGCGUAAAUCCCCUUCUCUACGCCUUCCUUAGUCGCAAUUUCCGGAAGGGCAUGAAGGAGCUCCUGCUCUGCUCCUGGAAGAAGGGCAAGGGCAAGUCGUCCUCCAACUCCUCGAUGCACCACAAGCGCAAGGCGCUGCAGACCCACUCGCUGCCCACGGACACAACGCACAUCGGCAACGAGCAGCUAUGAUGGCCCCGCGGCUGGAGGCGACCUCUUAAGCUUUUCGGGCGACGCACUUAGGACCCAGUCCUCCGAGGGAUGGACCCACUUCUGCUCCGCUAGCUAUUAUUUCAUUGGGAUUUCGAAGGCCAACUGUUCGGAUCGAAUCGGCAACCAAGGCGAAGCUAUCUCCUAGCCGGUGUCAAGUUGUAUUGAUAGAGUAAGACCACUUCUAGUCAAAAACCAAGUAAAAUCAAUUUGCCUGCCUCUCCAGGGGCACGGCUGUCUAGUUCUUAGCGUAAGGGUAUGAUUUAAGAUUGACUCUGUAUGAUCGAAUAAAGAAAGCAGCAAGGAUCGUUACUGCGUGAUCAU